AGACAAUUAGUUAUUAGCAGACGACCAACAAGCUUGGCUAUUGAUUUUCACUUGAUUAAGCGUUUAUAGAUAAUCAGCAAUAUGCCAGAAAGAAUAUCUAUUCAAGACUUUAUGAAAGAAACUUGGGAUGAUGUCCACACCCCUCUAAAUUCACAAUUUGUGCAAAGAAUGACGGACUAUAAGACAAAGCUGUCAUUUAUUGAUGAGGUUCUUGAUCAAGACCGAAGCAGUGUGACGAAAAUGAAGAAAUCUUGUAAAGCAUUAUAUAGUUCAGGGCAUAUGCACUGCCAGAAUGAAAUAUUUUUGGCUGAAAAUUUACAUAAAUUGUCAGAAGGGCAUGAUUUGCCUGCAGCUUUUCAGAAAUUCGCUAUCGUUACUAAAGAACUAUCAAAUUUGAUGAAAAACUUGAUGGAAAAUCUGAGGAAUAUUUUAGUUUUUCCAUUGGAUUCUCUGAUAAAAGGUGAAUUAAAGAGUUUGAAAGGCGAUAUGAAAAAGAAUUUUGAAAAGGCUAGCAAAGAUUACGACGCCAGAUUUUCAAAAGUUGAGAAAGAACGUCGUCAAGCUGCUAAGGAAAGUGGAAAUAAAACGGAUUUAGCCUCUCCAGAUGUUAAGGAAGAAUUGGAGAAGGAAAGGCGUAUAUUUCAAUUAACAAUGUGUGAAUAUCUUAUUAAAUUGAAUGAAGCCAAAACGAAGAAAGGUGUUGAUUUAUUAUUGAAACUAAUAGAAUUUUAUCAAGCUCAGAAUAACUACUUUCAAGACGGUCUCAAGACAAUGGAACAUUUUAAUACGUAUGUUGAAGAUUUAAGCGAAAAUUUACAAAAAGUCAGGCAAUCUAGAGAUCAAGAAAAACGUAAACUCAUUGAAUUACGUGAUAGAUUACGACAAUGCGUAAAUUCUUUCAAGGAGCCUUCAAAUAGCAUUGUCAUUAGUAAUACUCUUCCAAGGAAUGCCGCUUCCGGUGGUAGCACGGCGGCUAGAAGAGUAGCCUAUGGAACUGAAAGGGUAGGACACUUGUUAAAAAGAAGCGAAAGAGGAGUAAUAGGCCGAAAAGUAUGGCAAAAGAGAAGAUGUGUCGUGAAGGAUGGAAUGAUUAGUAUAUAUCAUUCUGACCCUCUAAAAGAACCUGUACGAUUAAAUCUAUUAACUUGUACGGUUAAGGCAGUCACCGAUGAUGUAACUCGGAAAUGUUUCGAUUUAAUAUCCAGUACGAAAAGUAGAACCUAUCAUCUUCAAGCGGAAGAUGAUGCUGAUAUGGAAGCUUGGAUUGGUGUUUUAACAGCCGCUCGAGAUUCUAUGUUAAUUUCUGCAAUGAAUAAUAGUAAUGACGCGAUUAAACAAAGUAUGAGAGAUUUGGUUAAGAUUAUACUAACUGAAGUUCGUAAGCAAUCUGGAAAUCGGAUUUGCUGCGAUUGCGGAGCAAUAGAUCCCGAAUGGUUAGUUGUAAAUUUGGGAGUAUUAGUUUGUUUGGAAUGUUGUGGAAUACAUAGGGAUCUUGGAACACAUAUUUCAAGAACUCAGAGUCUUGUUAUUGAUGACCUUUCACCAGCUCAAUUAUUGAUUGCAAGAUCAAUUAGUAAUAAUGAUUUUAAUGAGAUAAUGGAGGCAACUUUGGAUCCUUGUGAUAAAUUAUCACCUUUGAGUUCGAUGAAUGAGAGAAAAACUUUUAUCCGUAGUAAAUAUCAAUUAAAGAAAUACGCUAUAGCUACCUGUUCUAGCGAAGAGGAUCGUCUAUCCGAUUUGAAGACUGCAAUAUACAGUAAUGAUAUAUUUGCCUUAAUUCAAGUUUAUGCGGAAGGUUGUGACCUUAUACAAACUCUUCCGAAUUCCGAUGAGGAAGAGAAUGCUUUACUUUUGGCUUGUAGUUUGAACGAUGACUCGGCUCUUCCAUUGCUUUAUUUUCUUACGCAAAACAUUCGGUCUCAAGUUAUCAGUAAUGUCACCAAACGGAAAGAAAAUGCCGCUCACAUCUGUGCCAAGAGUGGACAUGUCGAGUGUUUGAAAUUGAUACUUAAAUCACGCUGUGAUUUGGCUCUUGUUGAAAAUGAGGAAGGGGAAACACCAAUGGAAAUCGCCACGAAACUUAAUCAUACAGCGUGCUGCGAUGUCCUCAGGCAGGCGAUUAAGGGCGAUACCUCUCUGUUUGACGUGAUUAAUUUCGACUGGCGACUGCCCUCCGACUGCGAUUAUAGCGACGACGAUUUAGAUACCUUGACACCCCGACGGGGUGCGCACAGACCACGCCCUAAGUCCAUGGUAAUGACAAACGAAUCGAGUCAACUUUUGACAGCCCAUAGAUCAAGAACAUUAACGAUAGAAUCAACGAGCCCUACCCCACCUGGUAGCGAAAAUUUGAGCAGGAGGAAGCCGCCAGCUCCCGCUCCUCCUGGAGAUUUUAGAGGUCAUUCACGAAAUUCCAGCGAUGUUCAAGUUCAAUUAUCCAAAAUAAUGAAGCACGCAAGAAGUCCGUCCGACCCCCCGAAGUUAGUUGUUCCACCACCGCCAGAAUUUUCAAACAACGUGAAAAAAACCAAACCUCCUAUUUUACCAAAACCUUCUAAAACCGAAAUAAUCAAUUCUAAGAAUCCAAUUCCACCAAAUAGACCAUCAAAGACUAAAGAAAAACUUAAAAAAUGUAUAGCUUUAUAUGACUGUAUAGCAGAUAACGAUGACGAACUUACUUUCCAAGAAGGAGAGAUUAUUAUUAUAGAACAAGAAGAAGAAGACGAUUGGUGGUUAGGUCAUAUAGAGAACGAAAUAUUUAGGAAAGGAGUCUUUCCUAAAACGUUUGUUCAGACUUUUAGUGAAGAUUUUUCAGAGUUGUGGUUUCUAAUUCAAAGGUAUUCAGGUUUUCCUCGGCAAUGGUCGAAGGAUUCAUUUCGACUGGUAAUGAAAGGCCGGCCUGAUUUUGAGGAUCCUAUAGAAUCUCUUUUGCCGCCUCAUCUGAGUAUUCAAGCAGCCGCUUCCUACCACCUAUUCUCUUUACCGAAACUUAAAAGUGAUUUAGCCUUUAACGAGAUAACAUCUGGAAAUCCUGAUCAUAUACAAUCAUUGCUUCCAGAUUUUACUUUUCAUAUAGGGUAUUCUACCAAUCAUGUUAUUAUUUAUGAAGAUUAUAAUCCGGGCUGCGUUCAAAAGAUUUAUUUAUUUCCUUUGAUGCCUACAAAUGCUGAAAAAUUGCAUCGAGUUACUUUUGAAGAUCUAGCUAAUCAUACAAUUGAGAUAACUGUAGAUGGCGUACAGAUAAACUACUCCUUAGCAGAACUUCAACAUUCCAAUCUCUUCUACGAAAGAACUGGAAGGCCUUGUACUGGUAUUGCAUUUUAUCAGACAAUAUGCUACAAGAAGAAUAUUACUAUUAAAUAUAGACCAAGUGAAAGUUUACCUUCAGACCUUUUGCAGAAAACCAUCGACUGUACCAAAGAAUCAAAAUCAUGCGAAUAUCAUAUUUAUAGUUCAAUAGCUAGACACAAAUUACCAGUUAACUAUAAAAGUUUUGAUUCAUUUUCGAAAAUUUCCAAACCUUUUGAAAGUAAGAAACGACAAAUACUAAAAUCCCAUCUUACACAAUUAUUUGAACAACCCGAGAACUAUGGACCAGCUUAUCAUUCCGAAUGUAGUUUGAAAUGCUUAAUUAUGUCCAGGGAUUCGCAUGUUAUUCUCUUCUCUCAUAGGCAAGCGGCGGUUAUAAGUUCAAUAUUUAUAACGGUUAAGGAUAGUUCAAGUGAUAGGACUAUAACGGAUUGGUCUCAGAUCUUUAUGAACAUUAACUUUGACGAUAAAGAAGAAUAUCAAAUUAAAAAGAUACCUCUGGGAAAGAUCUUUCUAGCAGAUGGGCAAUUAAACGAUUUCAAAGGAAUAGCUUUUGGAAGAAGGAGUAAAUCUUGCUCAGGCCAAACGAAAAUGUUUGGAUAUUUGUACUUUCCAAUGCCAUUCUGGAAGAGCGCUGUUAUUACGCUUGAAGGAAGUGAAUUUUUAAAGAAAACAAUUUCUGUAUGCUACGAUAUAAAGACCAGAGAGAAUUUUUACGAUGAAGCAACAACAGGCUAUUUCCAUAUGGCUGACAAAUAUUUUAUUGGUGAUAACCACAAGAGGCGAAAGUUUUUAGACCUAAAUAACUUGUCCGGACAUAUUGUAGGGAUUACAUUAGGCAUUGAUAAUCUGAAAGCUGAUCAGACGGCUAAGGAUAUUAACGCUCGUUGGGCAGCAUUGCAGGCUGAUCACGUGAUGUUUAUCGAUAAUCAGUCAGACGUUUCUGUCCAAAGCACAGGCUUGGAAGAUUUUUUUAAUUAUGCUCAUGGUUUUUACUUAGCAGAAAAUACGUCCAGUUAUUUUUAUGGAGUUCCACACUCUAAAAGAGUACAUGACAAGAUACUAUCUUGGCAUUGCUAUAGGCAAUUCAUUUUAGACCCUAUCACCUUCAAGAGAUCAAUUACAUUGUACAUGGAGGCGACUGAAACGGGUAUUUUGGAUAGAGCUAAAGAAGAUACUUUUAUAGAUACUGAGAAAGCAAGUCUAGCUGGUCAUACGACGUUUUCACAUCUGGUAUUCUACUACGCGAGGCCAAAUAAGUCUUUAAGAGUGGUUGAUAAGAUUGAGUUCGGUAAUAAGGAAAGUGAAAGUAUUCAUUUUUUCAAAGCCGAUAAAGAUUAUACUGUUGAAUAUCUUAGAGACAAAAGAUAUGUAGGAAACACCAUAAACAAAGAUUUGGCAAUUGAUCAUACUUUUUAUAAAUUUGAACCGAAUACUACCAUUAAAUUUAGUUUUCAAUGGAAUCAUAAUUCUGUUAAAAAUAACAGUUUAAUUAUGUUGAAAAGAGUAUUUUACUCUAAUCCCAGUAUCGCUUGGAAUGAAAUGUCAAUUGUGUAUCUAAAUGAACGUUUUGGGCUUAAGUGGUUCGUGCCGAAGGCUUCGACAAAUGACGACUUUUCAAUUCGAACAGAUGUGUUAACUCUUAGUACUAAAAAUUUACAUAUUGGCAGUACCUUGAAUGUUAGAAUUGAAACAAUAACUAAACAGAUGGACUGUUCGUACGAGUUAAGUGUAUACGAAUACUGA